AUGGCGCCUCCCCUCCUCCUCCUCCUCCUCGUCCCUCUCGUCGCCGCCACCGCACCGUGCGCCCACCCGGCCCACCCGAGCCAGCCGGCGUCGUGCGCCGCGGAGCCCGUGCUGGCGCCGGAGCGCCGGGAGGCGCACGGCGGGGGCCGCAUCCUGGACAUCACCCACUACUACCGGGAGGACAUGCCCUCGUGGGAGUCCGGCGCCGGGGUGGGCCAGUUCCUCUGGCUGCCCGCCUCCAUGCGCAACGGCUCCCUCGCCAACAACUCCGAGAUGCGGAUGCCCACCCACACCGGCACCCACGUCGACGCCCCCGGCCACGUCUUCCAGCACUACUUCGACGCUGGCUUCGACGUCGACACCCUCGACCUCGACGUCCUCAACGGUCCUGCACUGCUGGUUGAUGUUCCAAGGGAUGAAAAUAUUACUGCUAAAACGAUGGAAUCUUUGCAUAUUCCUAAAGGAGUUCAACGGGUACUUUUUAGAACAUUAAACACUGACAGGAACCUAAUGUGGAAGAAAGAGUUUGACACAAGCUAUGUGGGUUUUAUGAAAGAUGGUGCCCAAUGGUUGGUAGACAACACGGAUAUUAAGCUUGUCGGUGAGUUCCAACGACCUUUGCAUCCUUUUAUGAGGAAUAGACUAUUUGUCCGUUGCAGCUUUCAAUGA